CCCUUUGUACCUCGGUGUGUGUGUGUGGAGGCGGAGAGUAACCGCCCAGGCUCCCUGGCUCGCCCGUGUCGUCUGUUGUACACAGGAUAAACAACAGUUAUUCUCAUAUACUUAUCCACAUAUGUGUAGUGUUCCCUGUGUGAACUCUUGAUGAAAGAGACAAGAUGUCGUCACGUUGUCAUUACUGUGGCUGUGGGGAAAUUGACAUUGAUCCUGCUCGUGGAGAUGCUGUUUGCACCUCCUGUGGUACAGUUCUGUCAGAACACAACAUUGUUAGUGAAGUUCAAUUUCUUGACAAUUCUCAUGGAGGAAGUUCAGCUGUUGGGCAGUUUGUUGCCUCAGAUGCUGUUAGUAAACGGCCUAUGUUUAGAGGUUUUCAUGGAACUUUUGCAAGAGAAAGCAAAGAAAUCACACUUAAUAAUGCUAAAAAAAAGAUAAAUGCACUUGCACAGCAGCUGCGUCUCAAGCAACAAAGUAUUGAGACUUCUUUUAACUUUUUUAAAUUAGGGUUAAGUAAAGGACUUACACGUGGCAGAAAAACUAACCAUGUAAUUGGUGCUUGUGUAUACAUCACUUGCAGAACUGAACAAACAGCUCACAUGCUCAUUGAUGUUAGUGAUGCUCUCCAAAUUGAUGUUUAUGAACUUGGUCGAACAUAUCUUCGGUUAUCUACAGCGCUGUGUAUAAAUAUCCCUGCUAUGGACCCAUGUUUAUAUAUAUGGAGAUUUGCAUAUAAAUUAUCAUUUGGUGAUAAAGCACACGAUGUAUCCGAAACUGCAUUAAGAUUAGUUAAACGAAUGAAACGUGACUGGAUGCACACUGGUAGAAGACCAUCUGGAGUAUGUGGUGCUGCACUAGUUAUAGCUGCUAGGCUCCACAACUUCAAUCGUACCAUUACAGAUGUUAUAAAAGUUGUGAAGGUUCAUGAAUCAACAUUACGAAAACGUUUGACAGAAUUUGGUGAGACCCCAUCAAGUGCCCUGACAUUAGAAGAAUUCAUGACAGUGGAUUUAGCUGAGGAACAAGAUCCACCAGCAUUUAGGGCGGCAAGAAAACGGGAACGUGAAAGGGUUCAAAUGCUCUUAGAUAAGCAGGAAGACUUAGACAGUGAACUAACAGAGCUUCAGCAAGAGAUAGAGAAGCAUUUGGAGGAAAGAAAACGAAAACUGAGAGGUAUUUGGGCAAAGUAUGAUAAAGAAGAUGUGGAAGAAGAAUUUGUUGAACAGGAAAAUGCUGACACACACAAAUUUAUAACAGAAGCAACAUUAGAAACAAUAAAUAAAUGCCUUGAUGAUUCAUGUGAAGAUGAAGUAAAGAAAGAAAUAAAACCUCAGGGAAUUGGGCCUUCUGCUGCAAGUCUUGGCCUGAAAGAGACUAUAGAAGAGUGCAUGGAGAUUCGUCCUGCUGAUCCAGAACCAGAAGAUAAUGGAGUCUUAGACUUGGCUGGAAUUGACGAUGUUGAAAUUGAUUCAUAUAUAAUGUCUCAUAGGGAGAUAAAGUUAAAAACAGAAUUAUGGAUGAAAAUAAACAAAGAAUACUUGGAGGAAAUGAAAAUUAAGGAAGAAAGGGAAAAGAAAGAGGCAGAAGAAAGGGAAAAGGAAGGAAAGCCACCAAAGAAGAAGAAAAACUAUACUAAAAAGUCAAAGAGUAAUACUCCUGCAAAUACAGCUGGAGAAGCAAUUGAGAAAAUGCUUUUAGAGAAGAGACUGUCAAAUAAAAUAAAUUAUGAUGUCCUUCGUAGCCUGAAUGGUGAUGAAGAAGAAGGAAAAGUAGAUAUUAAGGAAGAGAAGCCAAAUCCUAAGCUUAUAAAAGCUGCUCCAGUGGAAACUCCUAAAGGUAUAUCAUCUGUACUCCAUUCAUUAACAGGAAAGCGACCUAGGAAUCCCAGCAAAGAUGAUAAGGAUAACGUGUCUAAAAAACCAUUGCAUGAUACAAGCUGUGACUCUGUUAAAACUAAACAAGAUGAAGAGGGAGAUGAGGAGGAGGAAAAUGAGGAAGAUGACCCAGAAGAAGAGGAGGAGGAGGAGGAAGAUGAGAGUAGCUUGUCCACCUUACAACUUCUACAGAGAAGAAGAGGAGAAUAUAAUGGGAAUGAUGAAUACUAUGAAGAUGAUUAUUAUGAUUAAUUGUCAACAGCUGUCUGAUGCAGCUUGUUAUAAGUACACACACACACAUGAUAAUGUUGAAGGUGAUUGUUAACAGCUGUCUGAUGUAGUUUGUUAUAAAUAUUCAGAGUUGUAUGGUACAAUAAUUUCAGAUAUGGAUAUUUAAGUACAAAAUAAUUAUACACAUUUAGAUUUGUCUUAGUAUUAAAUAGUUUAUUAUUUAACUUAGAUUUUUUAUCAUAAUACUGUACUGUAUAUUCUACAAAUAUAAUUUUAUUUUACAUUAUGUAUUUGUGGAGGCAUCACGUUCAACCAUCCUAAUGCUACACGACAUUGUUUGUCGUUUAAGUUAUUUUAAGCAAUAAAUGCUGUAUGAAUGCCCAGUGUUACAGGUUAAUUUUUUUUUAUACAGUAUUGUAUUUAAAAAAUGUAAUGUUUAUUAUAAGGUUUAGAUAACAUAAAUUGAUUCAUAGAGGAUUAUGUGAAUACAACUUUUCAGAAGUAUA